UUGGAUAUCGUGGAUAUGGAGCGUAUAUAUUUGUACAAAGGAUGCAGAAUUCCUGUAUGCGACAUGUUUCCGGACAUGAGAACCGUGACCAAUUGUUUCGUUUUAAACCUGGCAGCUGCAGAUUUAUUGUUCGCUCUGUCGAUUCCUGCUGUAGCGUAUACAAGAAUUGUACCGUCUUGGAUUCUGGGUGAUAUUGCCUGCAGAUUUACACCCUACAUUCAGUUUGUCUCUGGGAUCGUUAUGCUAUGGACUCUCUGCUUGAUUAGCAUGGACAGAUACAGGUGUAUUGUAGUGCCACCAUACCGAUCGAAAAUAGAGCCGAAACAAGCCACACUAUGCGCCGCAGCUACGUGGCUAUUAACAUCGUUGGUGUUUAUUCCCGUCACCUUCUGGUUUCGAGAGAUAGAAAUUGAUAAGAAUACAAUUGUUUGUACGAUCGUUUUUCCAAAGUCCGACUCUGUUCAUUACUCAUUCAUAUUCGUCGUUCCUCUGAUACUCAUCGCCUGUCUGCUACCGAUGGUUGUACUGGUUUAUAAUUACCAAAGGAUAUUCCACAAGAUUUACUCCACGAGAAAUACUUGGGCGGCGUCCUGCGUCGUCGUAAGUACGACGGAUGCGAAAGGUUAUGGAAACCGAGACCAAAUUAGGAGGCAAAGUGAAAUCAGCAUCAGUGAUAUAUUAGCACCUUGGCCGAGAAAAUUUUCAUCAAAUAGUCACAUUUCUGGCUCUCCGGGUGGAAGACACGGAUCUCUAUCCCAACAUGAAGAAUUAAGACUGAACAAACACAUUCGUGUUGUACGCAUUUUAUUUUUAAACGUUAUUGUAGUAUUGCUUAUGUGGUUACCGAUAACGAUUGCGGUACUGCUGAUAUUCAUCGACGGAAGGCGUCCAAAUGAAGACACCAACUUUUUCAUGCGAUCAACUUAUUUCGUCGCGUCCCUUAUUAUCGCUCUACUAAACACAGUUGUAAAUCCCUUACUGUAUGGUGUUUUAUCGGACAGUUUUCGAACCUGCCUGGUGCAGAUGUGGUGCUUUCAAACUAAUAUUAUGGUUGGAAAAGUUGUGAAAGGUACACCAACGAGCGGAAGAAAUCUCGGAGGAUCCAGCAAAACUUCCAGAAAGCAAAGUUACGUCAAUUCUAUUAGUGAAAGCCCAAACGAUUUAAUAUAAGUGUCUCAGUUUUUGCAAUCGCAUCAGAUCGGAGAAAUAAGUGUUGCAUCGACCAAAGACAACCCCUUCAAAUUUACAUUCCAGUAGAUUUUUUACAAUGAGCAGGCACAUGAUAAUCGAAUGAUUUCAUUUUGCAAUUGUACUUAGUUUUUCCAUGUACGACUGUGUAAAUCUCAUCAGCGAGCUUAUUUACAAUGCCACCUAUAUUGUUUUGUUAGUGUCGAAUGCCAUUAGAGCUUUAUAGGUGUCCCUGUGCAUUACUAUUAUUUUGGAUUAAUCGAAGGAAAUUAAAGGUGAAAUGUAGCAAAUACGUUAGCUGAAAUGUUUAUUAUACUUAAAUGUACUUAUUUUUAUAUAUAAACAAAGUUAAAUUUAAAAAUAUAUAAAAAAU